AUGGUACUAACAAUUAGUGCCAUAUUCUUGCCAGUCCAUUACUUAUUACCCCGCCCGAUUCUCCCGCUUUCCAUCACCCCGCCCGAUUCUCCCGCUUUCCAUCACCCGGCCCCAUUCUCCCGCUUUCCAUCACCCCGCCCCAUUCUCCCUUUUCCAUCACCCCGCCCCAUUCUCCCUCUUUCCAUCAUCCCGCCCCAUUCUCCUGCUUUCCAGCACCCCGCCCCAUUCUCCCGCUUUCCAUCACCAUGCCCCAUUCUCCCGCUUUCCAUCAUCCCGCCCCAUUCUCCCGCUUUCCAUCACCCCGGCCCAUUCUCCCGCUAUCCAUCACCCCGCCCCAUUCUCCCUCUUUCCAUCACCCCGCCCCAUUCUCCCUCUUUCCAUCACCCCGCCCCAUUCUCCCUCUUUACAUCAGCCCACCCCAUUCUCCCUCUUUCCAUCACUCCGCCCCAUUCUCCCUCUUUCCAUCACCCCUCCCCAUUCUCCCGCUUUCCAUCACCCGCCCCAUUCCCCCGCUUUCCAUCACCCAGCCCCAUUCUCCCGCUUUCCAUCACCCCACCCCAUUUUCCCUCUUUCUAUCACCCCGCCCCAUUCUCCCCCUUUCCAUCACCCCGCCCCAUUCUCCCUCUUGCCAUCACCCCUCCCCAUUCUCCCUCUUUCCAUCACCCCGCCCCAUUCUCCCGCUUUCCAUCACCCCGGCCCAUUCUCCCGCUUUCCAUCACCCCGCCCCAUUCUCCCUCUUUCCAUCACCCCGCCCCAUUCUCCCUCUUUCCAUCAGCCCGCCCCAUUCUCCUGCUUUCCAUCACCCCACCCCAUUCUCCCGCUUUCCAUCACCCCGCCCCAUUCUCCCGCUUUCCAUCACCCCGCCCCGUUCUCCCGCUUUCCAUCACCCCGCCCCGUUCUCCCGCUUUCCAUCACCCCGGCCCCUUCUCCCGCUUUCCAUCACCCCGCCCCAUUCUCCCUCUUUCCAUCACCCCGCCCCAUUCUCCCUCUUUACAUCACCCUGCCCCAUUCUCCCUCUUUCCAUCACCCCGCCCCUUUCUCCCGCUUUCCAUCACCCCGCCCCAUUCUCCCUCUUUCCAUCACCCCGCCCCAUUCUCCCGCUUUCCAUCACCCCGCCCCAUUCUCCCGCUUUCCAUCACCCCGCCCCAUUCUCCCGCUUUCCAUCACCCCGCCCCAUUCUCCCUCUUUCCAGCACCCCGCCCCAUUCUCCCUCUUUCCAUCACCCCGCCCCAUUCUCCCGCUUUCCAUCACCCGCCCCAUUCUCCCGCUUUCCAUCACCCCACCCCAUUCCCCCGCUUUCCAUCACCUCGCCCCAUUCUCCCUCUUUACAUCACCCCGCCCCAUUCUCCCUUCUUCCAUCACCCCGCCCCAUUCUCCUGCUUUCCAUCACCCCGCCCCAUUCUCCCUCUUUCCAUCACCCUGCCCCAUUCUCCCUCUUUCCAUCACCCCGCCCCAUUCUCCCGCUUUCCAUCACCCCGCCCCAUUCUCCCUCUUUCCAUCACCGUGCUCCAUUCUCCUGCUUUUCAUCACCCUGCCCCAUUCUCCCGCUUUCCAUCACCCUGCCCCAUUCUCCCGCUUUCCAGCACCCCGCCCCAUUCUCCCGCUUUCCAUCACCCCGCCUGA